GGCAGUGCGCAGGCGCGGCUCCUCCCUCCCCGCCCCCCUCCUCCUUCGCUCCAGGCGUUGGUGGUUCGUCCGCCGUUGCUUCUCCUCCCUCUCGCCUGCCGGACUCGCCGCUGCCGCUCCUCCCGGUGCGCCUUUGGGGACUAGCAUCGCCGCGGGCCGGGCCACAUGGGCGUGCGCGUGGAGACCAUCUCCCCCGGGGACGGUGAGCCGAGAGACCCCCCCCUCAACCGACGACCCCCCCUCAAGAGGUUAGGGGGCACGAGCGCCCUCUUCUCCCCCCCCCAUUAACUGCCUUUUCCUCUUCUCUAGGGAGGACCUUCCCUAAGCGAGGGCAGACCUGCGUGGUGCACUACACGGGUGAGUCUCGUCGUCUGAAUGACCCUCUUUUAACCCCCCCCACUCGCCCCACUUCCAGGAAUGUGGGGGGAGGCUUUUUGGUUGGGGUGGGGAGGGGUCGCAAACGGUCUCUCUCUGUGUCUGGUGGGGAGGGAGUGGGGGGUCACAGCUGCGUUUUGCGCUUGGAGCAGAAAAGGGAGGGGUGGAGGGGGCAACUGUGCGCGUGUGGGGGGGGGCGAGUGUGUCUCAGCUUGUAGGGGGUGAAAUGUUAUGGGGGGAGAGGCAGGAGCAGAAAUCUGUGCCCCCCCUCUUCCUUUCAGCAGAGGGUUAGGAUAUGGCUGGGCACAUAAGGUGCAGUGGUUAGAGGAAAUCCUUAAUUGUCAAACGGGGGGGGGGGGAUGAUUGGCAGGCUGAGGCUCCUCCUUCCUUACCUGGUUGCAAAAACAAUCCCCUCCUCCCUCACAUUUUAACCGUAUUUUGGGCAUCGCAACCCACAAACCUGCUUUUGGAAACCGGGUGGUGGGGACUCAAAUUUGUGUCCUUUCUUCCCUUGGCAACUGAUGCUCCUUGGGUCUUGCUGCGUGCAUCGAAGAGGGGGGGCUGUGUGUGGGUCUCUCCGCAUGCCCCCCCCCCCACGCCAGCGAGCUUUGUGGUCUACAGCACCCAUGUUUAAACCCAGUGUGUGGUUUUCCCCUGAGCCACCACCUGCUUAGAGGUACUACUGGAGCAGCCACCGAUUCCCAAGCAGCUGUGCUUGGGCUAGGCGGAAAGGAUCUCGCCAAAAGGAAGGUACUACUUAGAUAAGCUGUUUGCCCUUAAUACUGCAAUUUCGUCAUGAAUCUUGUUGUUUCUGGCAGGGGUCUUAGGCUGUGGUUGGCAUCUUGUGGGGUUUAUGCCGCCCUCGCCUGCAACCACAUGCUUCUCUGUCUGCAAGGCUAAAAAACAUGGUUGAGGUUUCUGUGUUUCUGGUCUGCUCUGUUUCCCAAGUGAUUGUCUGCCAUGCCAGCUCUUGUAAGGGAUAUCCAAUCUGCCCAAAUUUAUUUAUUUGUUACAGUAGCUUGCUUACUUGCUUUUUGACGGUUGGAAUAUUUAAGGAACUUCCAUCAGAACUGAGUGAAAAAAUGUGUUUCAUGUUUGUGGGCAAGAUUUUUGGGGCUGGGUUUUUUUUUUUAAUACUUCAGGAAAAAGCCUAAAUUUCUUGGGUAGUGGAAGGAAGCACUGAGAAAGGGGCCAUAGCUAAGUGAUAGAGCCUGUGCUUUGGGUGUGAAAAGUCCCAGGUUAAGUACCUGGUCUCUCCAGGUACUGUUGGGGAGGGCCCCUCCCUUCUGAAACCCCGGAGAGCUGCUUCCAGUCAGUGUAGAUAACACAGACCUAAAUGGAUCCGGUGGUCUUAUUGAAUAUAAGGCAUAUCCUUGUGUACUCUUGUUUCAGUGCAUCUUGAUAUUUUUAUAUACGUACGAAGCUGCCUUAGGCAGGCAGACCUUUGGUACAUUUUGCCUAGUGUCGUUUAUUUUCAAGUGCCUGGGUCCUUUUUCAGAAGCUUCUAUGCCUGACAUCCUGAUCACGAGGACAGAACUUGAGAUGCUGGUGUAUGCUUUUGCUUAUUCUGGGUUGGUUAGUGGUCUUUGCGAAUGGGCUGUUAAUGUGGAAUUCAUUUUUCACACCUUUGUGGUUUUAGUGAUAUGUAGAUGGGUCUGAUGUUCCAUAUAUACUGCAUAUCCAUGUGUGUAUUUAAAAAAUGUGCUACCUUUCAGGUAGUCUCUGUUAUCAAAUGUUCGUUAGCGUGUCAGUCACUGUCUCUGCACUCAGGCUGAUUCUUUGGUGCUACACAGGUCAUCUAAAAUAUUUUUGUACUGCAAAAUCUAAUAUUGGCAAUGUGAUUGUGCCAAAGUACUGUACUUAAUCACUUGGGUGCAAUACUGUGGUGAUUUGCAUAUUAUAUUAGAAGUGCUUCCAUUUUGGCUCAUGUUAAACCCUUUUAGCAAAGAGCGUGUCUGCUCCCUAGGUUGAUCAAAAGCACCCAAAUCAUUGAGAGAUGCCAUGAAAUUGAUCUAGUUGGAAAGUCAGCUGCUGUGCUAUGUGCAGUGAGAAAGCAUUUAGUUGAAACAUGUUGCAUGUGCCCCUUUUUUGAGAACAUGCCCCCCGAUUUUGAGGGUGGCUCUGAAUCUGGUGGAACGUGAACUCUGUGUUAACCUUCUUUGGUAGAUAUUUCGCUUUGCUGCUUGAAGCCCGAUUGGUUGAUCUGUGGAACUGACAGCUAAUUUGUCCACUAAGGUAUUCCCCUUUCUGUACUGGGAUUCGUUGCUAGGAAGUGAUGGGGACGACAGCCUAGUUUUUUCAAAGAAGGCUUCAAAGGCACGCAUGGAAUCGCUGGCUGCCCUCUAUCUCUUACGGCUUCUAGCAACUUUAAAUUGUAAAUAUUCACACAGCAUCCUGAAAUCCCUUGCCCUUCCCGCAUGCAGUGAGUGAUGAUCCAUACGUGAAUUACUUAUGGAAGGAAACCAGGGUCUGAGUAUGGCAGAUUUCUGAAGGGCUGUUGGAUUCCACUGCUGGAUUGCAGCUGGCCGAAAGCAUCUCUGUAGGCCCCAUUGCCAUUUUUACGGAGAGCCGUCUCACAUAUUGCCUGACCCAUGGAGAGACUGCGUGUGCCGCAUAGAAGAGACCACCUGGGACAAGAAUACAGGCAGUGACCAUUCUAGGUACGUCCAAAAUGUGUACAAAUGCACACAUUUGCAUUGUGCCACACCUGGAAGUGAUCUGAAAAUGUCACCAAAAGGGGUGGAUCGGGGUGUUUGCAGGCUUUUUCAGUGGGUGUUUGGAUUAUACGCGAUUUCACGUAAGCUUGCAGUGUCUCGGAAAGUGGUCCCCGUGCAAAUCGACCGCGGCCUGUAUCAUAAUGGCUCUAAUGUUGGGAGUUGGUGCAGAGUUCCACGUUCCUGAUGCCACGCAGUGAACGGUAUGCAUUGUGCACCUGCAGAGCUGGCUGCCCACUAGGAGUGAAGGUUUGAGUUCUUUCCUUGUAGGGCUUGAAGCUGUGGCGGGAGGGAGAACACCAUGAAGUAUGCAAGGCCAGAAUGCUUUGCCGUGGUUGCGCUGUGACAACCCAGCUGCUUAUAUGGGUAGAGCUACUUCCAACAGCGGUUGGAUGGAUGGCCUGGUUCUUAGCAGCGUAGUGGCUUAUUUUUCUUCUUGGCACCCCUUGCUUUGUGCGCACUUGCAAGGGUUCUCAUUGUGCCAGAAAUAUGAAGAAGGCGUAACGCUGGCUGAGUGGUAGUUGCUCUUCAAAAAUCCUUGGGGGGGGGGGGGAGGAACGUAAGGGAGACAAACGGGUGGAAGCAGUAAGAUAGCAGUUACUUGCAGUCUGGGGAGCGAAAUCUUUUUUGGAAGCCUCCAGGGAAAUUCUGGGAAUGCUGUCGAUGGAGAGUAUCCUGUUUUUAGGGGAAGACGCCAGGUUGAAUAACCAGUUCUUUCAGUUUCGUGAUGUAGCUGUGGAAGCCAAAGUGAUUUUCUGGCCUCCAGGCUGCAGGGUCUGUGGGGAUUUGGCACAGCACCCCUUGGGUGCUUAUGAGGGAGGACUCUCCCUGUGUGGCAGCCUUACUCUGGUGUGAGUUAAAACAGCAAAGGGCCUGCCCUCUUGGAGAGGUUCUCUUUACCUCUGUCUUGUGUAGCUCAUGGAACGAACUAGCUCUUCACUGGACUGCCAUCCUCCCCUUGCGAUCUCCUUUCUCCCUCCUGUGUAGUAUUUCCUGGGGACCCCGUUCUUGGAUGCCAAAGGGAAGAAAAGGGAAGGGUUUGUGCUGGCGCAGACCUCCUCCCUCUCCGCCCCUCCCGGAUUAGCAGCCACUCCAUCUGUUUCUCUUUCCUUCCCUGCUGUCAUUGGGUGGGGAAGGGAAAUGAGGAUGGUCUCUCCCUGGCUGCCUCUUGCGCUGACAGGAAGAACAAAGGGAUGGCUGGCAGGGGACCUGGAGGCUGUUGGUUGGGACAGGAGAUUCGCCCGCCCUCUGGUGCUGGCAGCGCAGCCUUCCUUUUCCGUAUCUGUGGAGCAUUUGGGGAGGGCUGAGCCAUAGGCAGCGCCUUUCCGUCAUCUCCACUUCAUUUGGGUGUGUGUGUGUUUGGACAACACCGUCUUACCUUUAGCAAGCCCCAUGGUGCUAAAAUGCAGCCUCUUUCUUUUCUCAGGUGUUUCAUGCUCUAGUUUAGCUUUUUUUUUGACAAGGGCGACGUCUGCUCAAAAGGUUGGCCUGGUCUGAUUUAGUGAGCGGCAUCCGAUGUGAACAGGAUAGGGAUCGUACAUGCAAGAUGCCAGAUACAGACAGUGAGCAGUGACUACGUUAUUACAUGAACACUGUUCCACAGCAUUGCUGGACAUCAUAUUUGCUGAAUACACAAAGCUUCACAGCUUGUCUUUUAUCGUAUAAAGUCUGGUACCUCACUUCAUUUAAAGAUUUUCAGAGACUUUGAGACUGAAGAUUUCAUUUUGUACUUGUUAUGGUUGGAAGGAAUUCUAUAAAGAUUGUCUAUUGCGUAUGUACAUGGUCAUUGUGUUGCCUAGACAUUGCUGACGUUCUCUUUGCAACACAACAGUUUUUGGAACAAAGCAUGGAAGAAGAGGAGAAAUGGUUUUGUGGCAUGAGGGUUGCAUGUUCUAUAUCAUAGGAGUUAAAAAGUUAGGAUGGUUCUCCACCACAGCCUUCAGGGCAUGUGUUGGGUGCUGGGAAUUCUAAACUGUGAUCCUGACCACACCUCAUGGGGGCAGUUUUGGAUUAUGCAAGCUACAGUAUAAAUGAAUUAUCUCUGGUGCCAGUAUGGGAGCAACAGGGAGCCUGGGUCAGGUUCUGUGUCCACAGCCUCAGGAUUGGGGGCAGAUGUGCUCAUUUUUGUUAGUGCCUGAACUUCUUAGGAGCGGCAAAGACUGCGCAGGAUUUCAGAUGCAUUUACAAGAACUGUCAGCUUAGUAGGAGCAGUUUGGGUUUCCCCACUGCAAGUAGUUUCCAGAUGUGGCAGGCAAGGUGCUCCUCUCCCAAGCAUGAAAUUCAUUUAAAAUCAGCUUUAUAUGAUUGAGAGCAGACUUUUCCAACUGGCCUGGUGGGGUAAGAAGCAUCUGUGCACUCACCGCUCCAUUUUCAUAACUGAACUGGAAGCAGGACACCUCUUAAAAAGAGAGCUGAACCAAAUAUCUGGUUUCAUUCCUCAGGUAGAAACUAGUAAUUCUGAGACAAAUGGUGUUGAUAUUCUUUUCUCUUCAGUCGCCUCUGAUCCCAUUAAUCCUCCUCAGAGUAUUGAUCUCGGGUGAUCUCAGCCAUUCAGGGAUCAUGAAUGGGAUGAUGCCACUGUAUAGCCAAUUGGAAAUGACUGUAAGAUGAGUGUGAUUCACCUAAUGAACUCUGUCAGCGGAAGCCCUGCAAAAGGGAAAUUGGAUUCCCACCCCCUUAUAUCCAUGUGCUCCCUGAAACUGACUCUGGGGUCUUGGGGUACCCCUAGAACAGUGCAAGGGGGAUCUUUCUGCCUUGCAAGCGAAAAUGCUUGUGCAGACAGAACACGUGUAAUAGUGUGACACUGAAUUGCAUGCACACGAUAUCAUUUCAGACUAUUGAGGGUCAGGGCCAAACAACGUAUAGACGUAGUUUACAGGGGAUACAAACUACAAAACAUUGAUAGUGUCAGCUUAAGGACGUAUCAGACUGGUAACAGAAGUUAAAAGGCAAUUUUCAUUUUUCACCACAACUUGGAAAAGGAUUUUUCCUGUUCAUGUUGGCCAGUAUCCUUCACCUGGGAUGUUGUGUGUUGGCAUCUUACAUAGCAUGUUGCAAAACUUGCUGUGAUGCGGUGCCGAAUUGUUUAGGCCGUGUGUGCUGUUGAGAUUACUAUUUUGAGGAAAAUAAUUACAUACACACACACACACACACACACACACACACACACACGGCUUCUUCUGGAGCGCUUGAAGCACACUUUUGGUUAGAUCAGUGCACCUGCAAUGGGUUUUACUGGGUGCUACCUGUAUUUUAUUUUACUUCUACACUUGGAUCAAGCUAAUUUAAAUGGGCGGUUCUGCCCCCGUUUCUCACAUAUACCAUCUAAUGGCUGCCUCAACGUGGUCUCUGGGCCAUUGCCAAAAUACAUCCUGGUUUGGGUCUGAUCCAGCAGACCUUCUCUUAUCCACAAGGAAGAUGAUCGGAGUUUGUUAAACCAGUUUUCUUUGACAUCCAAAUUGGGCCAAUGUGUCCUUAUUGCUGCUUGCAAACAAAGGUAUCAGACUAUGAUGAGGGAGCACAUGGGCCCAUUAAGCCAUCAGAUCAUUAGGUCUGAAGUGGACCAGGGUGUGUUCCAAUCUUAAGAGUUAGAUCUGGACCUGAUGGCAGAGGCUUCAGUCGUCAUGUCACACAGGAACACAUCCUCUUGCGUGUAUCUAUUCAGAUAAAGGACUGGUUUCAGUUCACGGCUAGUCUUUCUAAAAUUGUUGAGCCCCAUGCUUUGAACAACCUUGGCAGCUGUGUAAAAUUUGGUGGUGUCUGAUCAUGGGGUACAUUUGGGUUUAUACCGACUCCUAACUAACUGGUCCUCCAGAAGCACUGUUCUGCUGGAAAAAAAAUACUGUGUAGGCCCACAGAUUCCUAACCAUAUCACAGUUGUCCUUAAUUUAUUUUUUUUACAUCUUUCCUACAAUGCUGGAGAAAGCUCCUUGGGUGAUAUGUUGCCCCAAAUCAGUUUGAAAUCCAUAUUGUGGUAUCAGUUUCAUAUUUUUUGACCCGGCAAUAUAUCGCUGUGUGUGUGUGCAUACGCUAUGCAAAAAUCACGAUGCUGCAAAAACCCUGAAGCCUGCCCAAUGCCUCUACAUGGCUCCAUCCUUAUUUCAGACACUGUGAUAUAUUAGCUGAUAAUAUAUCCCGAUGUUGAGAGCCAGGUAUUUCCCAGCCCUAAAACUCAUAACAGAAUCGCGUGAGACUGUGGGAUUAAAUAAAAAUUAUCCAUUAGAAACUUUAAAAUCCGCGGAAGUUGAUAAGUCAUAGCCAAGGCCAACUAGUAGGCUUGAGGUUUGAACUGGAGUCUUCUGGGUUCACAGUGCAAUCUGGGUUUGACAACACUUCCCCUUCUCUGUGGUUUGUGUGUUGAGUUACUUUUGCUGAGGAAUUAAGGAUAACAGGGACAGAGGAGGGUGGUUGUCUUUGUGAUCUGUCCAGUUCAUGUUCUAGAAAUGAGAUUGGAUUGUUCCUUGUGGAACCAUUCAAGGUUUCGUGGGCUUGGCUUUGGCAGUUGUUCAGCUCCCUUGUUGCUUGGAUGAUGCAGGAAGAUGGAGAUUCUGUCAUGUUCGCGUGGUGCACGCGAUGUUGUGGCUUUCAGGUUUUAUUGGUGUAAGGCCCAGCUGCAUAUUUCUGCAGGGGGUUGAACUAGAUCAGCCUUUUUCAACCUGUGGGUCCCCAGAUGUUGUUGAACUACAGCUCCCAUCACCUCUAGCUAGCAAGGCCAGAGCUCCAGGAUGAUGGGAGUUGUAGUACAACAACAUCUGGGGACCCACAGGUUGAGAACCGCUGAACUAGAUGAUCCUCAGGGGUAUCUUCCAACUCUGCAAUUCCAUUUUCUUCCAUGAGAAAGCAUGGGGGGGGGGAGAGGCGUUUCUGGGGUGGGUUUUGGGUUACGAGAUAAGUGACACCCUGGAAAGCAGUGGUCAAGAACACAAGGGCAUAGAUUUCAGGGGUCUAAGCAAAGCAGCUUGUUUCUGGGCUCUCCAAAAAGUGUGCUUGUAAAUAUGCCCACCUCCUUGGCAAUGCGUGGACUUGGGUGCCGGGCAUGGUUUGGGCAAUGUCAUGGCAUUUGAGGGGAGUAAGCCAUUCAGAGACGGUCUGACAGGUGCCAAGAGACGCAGGCUCCUUUGGAGGCCCUGUUUGCCCAUGAGUGCGCAUGCAGAGCUUUGUGGCUUUUCUGUUCCUCACUGGUCAUUGCUGAAACUGGGGAAGCCCCAGCUUGCCUGUUCUCCCUCCCGCGUUCCCCUUUCCCAGGAUCCCCUCCUUCUAAGCGAGCAAUGCGUGUAUUCUGCCCUCCAAUGGCCUGUGUCUUCUGGAGCAGCUGCUGCAACUGGUCUCCAUCUUGCCUUUUUGUAGAACCUGACGAAGCUGGCCACAGUUUGCAAAUAAGCUGUCAUCGGGAGACUGUGCCCUUUCGUAUCCCGACUUAAAUUUGGACCUUUGCCCACCACCGCCAAGCCUCUUGUUGCUAACAGGACCGGCUGCCAGGCUCCAUAGGCUGCCAGAGAAUCGCGUCUCCGUUCCAGUGCAGCAAGAUGGCACUCUAGGAAAUGUUGCACGUUCUGUUCAUACCUUCCCAAAGUAAAUGGCUCUGGGACAGGAAUGCCCUUUGUUUUUCCAGCCGCUGGCUUUAACGGGGACGUCUGCCUGCUUGGGAAGGACUUUACCGUGUAAGGUGAUGAGGAGCCUUUGUAGCUGAAAGGCCAACUGUGCAGCCGGCACUUGAAGCGGCAGCGAAAGCAGCCUCUGAGACGCUCCUUGCUCUCUCUGUGCUGCAAAUCGAAGUGGGUGGGAACUCCUGGGCCGCCUCUUGCCAAUUUGCACAUUGCCUUCUGAGGCUCUGGAGGGCAGCCUGCCAACUGUGGCAAAGACCCAGCGAAUGCGAGAUGUCUGACCUUCUUGAAAUGGAGCCAUUCUUCAUUCAAUUCAAAUUGCACGUAUAGGACUGUUGCCCAGGCUACAGGCACUUAGAGGGCUGCAGUUUCUCACUUCCUGCAACAAAUGCAGCCUUUAUUGUUUUCUGAUCAAGUAACCUUUUAAAAGAGGGGCAGUGUGUUGCAGCAGAGUUACACAGGGUGUCUGCCGUCUGCAGCAAAUGCUGCAAUUCUGUGCAAGAUUACCUGAGAGUAAAUCUACUUGGGAGUGAUUUUUACUGAAGGUGGGAGAGAUAAAUAAAUAGCACUGAAUUCAAUGGGGCUCACAUCUAAGCAAGCUUACCAUUAGGCUUUAAAUUGCUUUAUCUAAUUCCACAGUCAGAAAAUGGCAUUCAAGGCAGUUGAUAUACUUUCCUGCCCCUCUCUCUGUGCUGCCGCAUAAUGCCUGAGGUGCCUUAAGUUGGCUUUGUUGGAGCUGCUCCAUUUGAACCAUUGUGACCCACAGAAAGGUGAAUUGGCUAAUAAACGAUGGCUGCCACAAAUGCAUGUUCAGCAGCUCAAUUACCAUCUUUGUCCAUACAGACUAGUUUUAGCAUCCUUGGAAUUCUUCCAGCUUUUGAGAGAAGGAUAUGGAUUUCCUGAUCAGGAAAUAAUUGCAGGGGACUUGAGCUCUUGAGUCGGGAGUGGAAUCUUAGCUGUGCAGAAUUCGCAUGUGGUUAUUUGGAGUGCGUACUCAACAUUUUUUGGGCACGGGUGGCGCUGUGGGUUAAACCACAGAGCCUAGGGCUUGCCGAUCAGAUGGUCGGCGGUUCGAAUCCCCGCGACGGGGUGAGCUCCCGUUGCUCAGUCCCUGCUCCUGCCAACCUAGCAGUUCGAAAGCACGUCAAAGUGCAAGUAGAUAAAUAGGUACCACUCCGGCGGGAAGGUAAACGGCGUUUCCGUGCGCUGCUCUGGUUUGCCAGAAGCGGCUUAGUCAUGCUGGCCACGUGACCCGGAAGCUGUAUGCCGGAUCCCUUGGCCAAUAAAGCGAGAUGAGCGCCGUGAGAGUCGGCCAUGGCUGGACCUAAUGGUCAGGGGUCCCUUUACCUUUACUCAACAUUUUAACUUCUUACGAUAAAUUCAGUAACCAGCCGAAAAAGGCUUUAAUGAGUGUGCCAUUGUGUCCAUGUCCUGCUUGGCCACUGAAAACAAAGUGCUGGAUCUUUGGUCUCAUGCAGCAGCCAAACUCUUGUUAGGUUCAUAAUUAUUAUUAUUUUUUGCCUUAGAUGCUGCAUGCUGUGCCAUUUUACUUCGGUACAUGCAUGCUGCAUUCCUUGAGAUAAGCCUUAACCCCCCCCCCCCCCCGGGCAAGGAUAAAACAGCCAAAUGAUGGGAAGUGAAGAAAAAAAAAAUAGAAAUAACAGCCAAAUGCAGUUCUUGAACUGUAUUUGGCUGCUAUUGAACAGGAAUAUUUUUACCGCCUUCUGUAAAAAGGUGCCUCAGACGUCUCUUAAAAUAUAAUUCCACGGAGCUAGAAAGCACAACGCGUUGUCUGAGGAGGAAGCUGAGCAGGGCUGCAGCUUCAAAUGUGGAAGCUCUCAUACAGACAAUGGCCUCUUGCGAAAAACGGAUGUUGGCUGCUUGGAUCCCUCGAUGUCUCAAGCUCUGGGUCCAAAGCUGCACUUUCUACCUUGUCAACUUUUCCUCUUUGUUCUUGGCCGCUCCCCUCCUUAUCUGUGGUGGCAAACAUCUCCAUCCAUCCUGCUCUGGAGGGGAGUCCUGGCUUUGUCUUUGGCUCUCUUCCUCCUCCUCCUCCUUUUCUUUCUCCUGCUCCAAGUGGGGACUGUGCCUUGUCAGUAUUUGGCAGUCUCCCCCGUGCUUGGAAUGUUAGAUUUGAUUUUGCUGCAAGAAUGUGUUUUGAUUCACAAAAAAAUCGUGUGGGUUUGGUAUUCUUUGGCCGUUUUGGAGGCUGGCUUAAUUUGAUAACGAGGCCAGUAAACAUUUGUUACCCUAAGUGGGGACUGUUAUGCAAUUCUGCAUACAUGGGAAGAAAACAAACCCCAAACUGUUGAUUUCUUGUUGAGUGCUGCAUUCUGAAGAGGAUAAGUGUCUUUGGCUUUAAAGGAAAAGUUUUUAAAUUCCUGUUCCUCCAAGGCAGCCCAGAAAGAUAACCAUAGUUAGUACUGUACUGAAUGCCACUGAGAGGGCCAGGAGAAUAAACGGGCUUUUGCUUUUUCACCUGUCUCCCUGCCUGUGUCAUCUGCUUGUGCAACAGAGGUGGCUUCCAGGCCAAAAUCUAUCCUAGGAGGCAUCUAUCAUAACUAGUUUGAAUCCAGAAACCCUAGAGCCAUAUUACGCAACAUGGUGGGUCAGUGGGUGUUCAAAUCAGAGGGGUCCAGAUAUUAUUUUCUUUCCAGCAGAGGCUGUAUCACUGCCUCUUUGAGUACCAAAGGCAUGGACCUCUCUCUAGGGCAGCGGUUCUCAACCUGUGGGUCCCCAGAUGUUGUUGGACUACAACUCCCAUCAUCCCUGACCCACUGGUCCUGAUAGCUACGGGUGAUGGGAGUUGUAGUCCAACAACAUCUGGGGACCCACAGGCUGAGAACCGCUGCUCCAGGGGGAGCGGUUUCCACCUUCCACACACAGCCUCCCUUGUCCUUGUGUCCUGCUCCAGUGUUUCUCAAACUCCAGCUGUUGCUGGACUACAACUCCCAUCAUCCCUGACCCACUGGUCCUGCUAGCUAGGGAUGAUGGGAGUUGUAGUCCAACAAUAGCUGGAGACCCACGUUUGAGAAACACUGUCCUACUGUUGAGCAAGGCCAAGUACAAGUAAUGAAAACAAUGCAGCUACUUUCCUCCCUUUGCUCUUUUGAAUUGCCCUUGGGCCAGGACGCGUUCCCUUGCACUGCUGUGCUUUAUAAGUCAGCAUAAGAGCACACACUGUUUGAAUCUGGCUUGGGCUGGGGAGAGUUCUGCCCAGCCCAUGUGCAGAAGGGAAUGCUGGCAGCGGAAGCAGAUCCUGAUCACGCCCAGUGUACAACUAAUAGGAGAUCUACACCUGUGUGUCUGCAGCUCCUGACAUCAAAAACCAGGGCAGUUAAUGAGACCCAUAUCUGAUGUGCUUUAAUACAGGGCAUUGGCAACCCGAGAGCAGGUAGGCAGCGCGGGGGAGCGGUUGUGUCCAUCCCUACCUUCCCCCUUCGCAGGAACCUGGCCUGCGUUCCCCAAAGCAGAAGGCGCAAAGCAUCGCAUGGAUUUUUAGGGAUUAUUCGAGCUCAGGCGCCUUCUGCGCUGUUCGCACGCGCAUACAAGUUUCUCCUAAGAAGUCUGCAUUCUGUGAAGACAUGUGGUGUUGCCCCAGAGUUCUUGUCGGCUCCCUAGGAAGAAAAAGAGAGAGCCGCAACUGUGGUAGUCAGGCAGCCUGGGAGAAUUGGGGCAUGGCUCUACUGAAGUCCUGUUUCUGUGCGGUAUAUACUUAAGAAAUCUGGGUGCAUGCAGCCACACCACUUUGUCUCCUUCCUUUAGUUCUAAGGCAGGAUGUGCGUUACUGGCCCUCCUUGCUGUGAGCCGUUCUUACUACUUUGCUAUCGCUACUGUGCACUCACACUAUUUCAGUUUCAACCACUGUCCUCACUGCUUUCAAUAUCUUGCUGUUCAGGUCUGCCAGUCUCUCGGACUUCUACUGGCUAAACCCUUCCAUCUUCCUCCAGCUGCUGCCCUGCACCUUCAGCUCAUUUGAUCUCUCUAAGGAAGGGACUGCAGACCCUUUUAGGCCUGUUGGCACAUUUGGAUUUCUGAGGCACCCUCCCCAUCACUACUUCUCUGCUUCAGAACAGCGUGGAAGGAAGCAAGAGGGUGCAUAGCUCACACUUCACUUUUCUAGAGGAUCUGUGUUGUAGUAGUAGUAGUAAGUAAAUAAAUAAAAAAUUAAAAUUUAUUAUUUAUUCCCCAGCCACACUGGGCGGCUUCCAACAAGAGAUUAACAGUACAUUAAGACAUCAGUCAUUAAAAACUUCCCUAAACAGGGUUGCCUUCAGACCUAGUCAGUUCCAGUAGAAUUAAUCCGAACCUUCAGGUGCACAUACAGUCGUACCUUGGUUUUCGAACCGCUUAGUUCUCGAAAGUUUUGGCUCCUGAACGACGCGAACCCGGAAAUGACCGUUCUGGUUUGCGAACUAUUUUUGGAAGCCGAAUAUCCGAUGGGCUUCCGCAGCUUCUGAUUGGCUGCAGGAGCUUCCUGCGGCCAAUCAGAAGCCGCACUUUGGUUUCUGAACAUUUUGGAAGUCAAAUGGGCUUCCAGAACGGGAUUCCUUUCGACUUCUGAGGUACAACUCUAUAGCCAAAAGUGUAAGUGGGAAAGAGUGCCUCUUUUUCAGCCUCCUCCUUGGGAGGUCUCAGAGGGGAAGACCUCAGCGCAUAAAUGCGUUGUGGCCUAGGCCAUUGCAGACGUUAGGCGCAUGGAAGGUUUGCCAGUCAGAAGGAGUGGCUGGAACAGGAAUGCAUCCCUGGAGAGCAGUGUGACAGUGAGUCUGGAAAGGUGGCGCCUGAGAGCAGGACGGUGGUAGCAUACGGAUGCUCAAUUCCUUGCUCUCCGGUAAGAUCAGAAUCAAAGCCUCACACAUCAUUUGCAAUGUGCUCUUUCCUUCACCCUUGUGCAGCCUCUAGACGUGUGUUCAGAACACUUAGGAGAAAAUAUCGGUCUGGUUAACCAUUUUGUCGACAAGGUUUAUUUCUCAAAACUCGUCAUCAGGUUACGGGUGACAUGGAUGCUCCCUGCAGAAGGACUCUGUUAGAGUCUGUCUGUCUGUCCCAGCCAAAGAUCUGAGUAUUCCUGGCUAAACUGGGCAUGGAACCCCUUUGCGUGAUGACAAUGUGUAACAUGUUUGUGUUCUUGUGCGUAAAAUGUAAGUGCAGAACUUUUCUUGGAUCUCCUGUUAUUGUCGUCUUACUAUAAAGAAGCAGCAGAAAUGGUAUACACCACAGGUGGGCAGGCUCCCCUUGCUGGCCCUUCCUCACCACCCUCCUUGAAUAUGUUUACCUGUCUAGAACGUGUCCUUGAAGUCUGGUCACCCAGAGUAUGUGCAGAAACUGGCCUUCUGUACAAAGGCAACGCCCACCAAUGGCCAUGUAACUGUUGGCAGGUUGCCUGGGAGAGAGUGCACCCAUUGGGUUGGGGGGAAAGGAUUCCUUGCUCCUGCCAUGCACAUAUAAUUAGGAGUAAAUCCCAUUGGCCUUGGAGGGGCUUACUUCUGACCAGACGAGGACGGAUUGCACCGUGAACGUACCCAAACAAAACCGCUGAUGCCUAUCUUCAUUGCUUGACUUGGGUCGAAUUGCCUGGCGGGUUUAAAUUUCCCAGGUUCCAAGAGUCCUUUUGUUCAGGGCUUUCCCAAAGGCUAAUCUAGGCGUGCUCAGUGGAAUUUUUCACACUCCCCGCAGCAGAUUAUCAAGCCAGCUCACCAACUUUGAAAAAGAAUUUCCCUGCCAUGGGGCUGAGGCCUGCUCUUUUAUAAUACAAGGCCAAAGUUCUGUGGACGCUGAGAACUUUUAAAUGUGUUGUGGAAGUGGGGCUUAUUGGGUUGCCUUUGUCUUUAUUAUGUAUUUUGUCUUUUUUAUAUUGCAAUUUUACGUUGUGAAUCGCCCUGAGAUCUAUGGGUAUAGGGCAGGGACGCGGGUGGCGCUGUGGUCUAAACCACCGAGCCUCUUGGGCUUGCCGAUCAGAAGGUCGGCGGUUCGAAUCCCCAUGACAGGGUGAGAUCCCGUUGCUCUGUCCCAGCUCCUGCCAACCUAGCAGUUCAAAAGCAUGCCAGCGCAAGUAGAUAAAUAGGUACCGCUGCCACGGGAAGGUAAACGGCGUUUCCGAGCGCUCUGAUUUCCGUCAUGGUGUUCCAUUGCACCAGAAGCAGUUUAGUCCUGCUGCCCACAUGACCUGGAAAGCUGUCUGUGGACAAACACCGGCUCCCUUGCCCUGAAAGCGAGAUGAGCGCCACAACCCCAUAGUCACCUUUGACUGGACUUAAACAUCCAGGGGUCCUUUACCUUCAUAGGGCAGUAUACAAGUUUUAUCAUCAUCAUCAUCAGGCGGCUGCUGUUCUUUGGAUCCUGGACACGGUUUCUAGACCACCCUUGCCCUGAAGCACCUCUUAGAUACUUACUGCUGCCUCAACACAUGAGUGAGCCUAGUUAGCCUUCUCAUUUCCUUGACCAGUUAAGCUCGGGCAAGCCGUGGUUGACAUAGCCAGGGAAGUGAGGAUUUCAGAAUGUGUAGCAUUCCUUUAGCUCCUGGGAUCUAUGCUGUUGUGCCUUUCAAUUGACCUAUUUUAAAAAUAACUGUGCGUGAUUAAUUCAUCUGCUUUUGUUUAAGCUGUGUGCGCAUCUUAGGCAAACGGUGCCUCGAAAGGUGACUUAGAAGCACGUUCUAAAUAAAAGUGGAAGAAUUGUCCUGAACGUGGGUCUGCCUCACUCCUUCACCAAGCUCAAAACCUGUGAGCGCUUCAGGUUCAGAAUCGGCCAGUGGGGGAAGAGGCAGACUAGACAAAUGUACCAACCUCCUUGCUCUGGACACGAAUGUCCCUGUAUCUCGCUCGGCUGUCUCCCAAGAUGAGUCUUGCCCUUUUAAAAUGGAAGCCGAUCCUGUCAAGCUGGCCAUUACAAUCCAAGCUCACCACGGCUCUUAAUUUGUAGAGAGCCCCGUGGCAGGAGGGGUCUUGCACUGGAUGUAUACAGGACCUUCAAGCGCUAAAGAGCUCCUUGCUGUUUUCUUCCCUGGACCAGAAUGUAGGUCCUUGGAACCUCCUUCCCUGCUGGUCUUAAGUUCUUGGCCAGCCCUGUGCUUAGCUGCAUAUCUCACUUAAUCACAAACUAAUCCUGUUUAAUGGUUGUGGCAGACCUAUUGCGGAUGCCUGCGAACUGCAAGGGCUCCCCAAAGGCUUUUCUCAGGUUGCUUUCUGCCUUUCCUGGUGUGCUGGAAAUAUCAAUCGGUGGGUCCUUUCUUGCAGCCACAUGUGACCUGCUUUGCCCAGUUGUGAGCAGAGAGCAGCACAAUCAGUUUACGUCUGGAAGCCUCCCCUAAUGAUACUUAAUGUUCGUAGACUGUUUUAGAGUAGUCAAAGCACUUCACAAAAUUUAUCACAUACCGGACUUUUCUGUGUAUAAACUAGGUGGUUUUUUUUUAAAUAAAAAAGUAUGCUAAAAAGUUGGGGUCGCCUUAUACAUGGAUAUUACAUAGGGUAGACGUUUGAUUGGUUGCUGCCGCUGGUGUCAGCGGUUAUUGGGCAUGUUAUUGGUGGCUGCGUCAAGGGCAGUCCUCCGCAAAAAAACCUCAACAACUCUGUGCCAUCACCCCCCAUUUUCUAAAACAUCAGUCCCCAAAAAUAGGGGGGGUGUCUUAUACAUGGGGGCAUCUUAUACACUGAAAAAUAUGGUAUUUAGAAGCAAUGUUUUGAGCCUACAUCAUCUGCUUCCUUUAGUCCAGUUGCUAAAGAGCAAGUGGGGAGGACCUCUGGCCUUUGAGUGCUGGUUCAUGACUAUUGAAAAUAGGAUACUGGACUCUCUGUUAGUCCCCAGGUCUGUUACAGCAGGGCUGCUUGUGUAGGCUUUGAAGGUCCUGUGUGAGUGUCUGGAGACGGUUGGAGGAUGGAUGGUGGCUAACAGAUUGAGGGCUCAUGGGAGUCCCUGGAUAGGGACAUCUGAGAAUAGUAAGUGUGUGGCCUGUUUGUAUGGAGUUUUACAGAGAGCUUAUUUCUGAACAGCAUAUGACCUAAUUAUCCAUUGGCCUUAGUUAGACUCCUGGAUUUAUUUUUUGUUAGAGCCUUACUGUUGCUUCUCAUUCUUAUUUUCAAAAGAAAUCAAAACCCAUUUUGUCAAUCGUUGAAUGCUGACGUUGAGUGGUAGUUCUUUUAAGAGUACACUAAAGGCGUGUUAUCAAUUCUCUCCCCCUGCUUCCCAAAGGCGAUGUGGGGCAGGCGAGACACAAGUUAAUGUUGCGGUCCUCUCGUUUGGUGAACACCACAACUUCCUGUGCAUCUAAGAUGCCGUCACUCUGUGGUUUCAUCAGCCAAACUUGGUGUCUUGUAGUAAACUUGGUCACGUUGGGUCUGGAUGUUUCUGUGACCUCUGUAAUUAAACGUGAACUUGUGGCACAAGGCUGAUUUUGGAUAACCCUGGGCUGGCCGAGAAAAAGUUAGUAUCCUGCUCAUGCCCCACUACUGGAAAAUUUCACAGUGCUUUAGAAGCAGCGCCUUUCCUUUAAAAAAGAUUUUUUUUAAAAAAUGGUUUUUUUAGCAUAUCAUUUUCAACAAUUAUUAAACUUUUAUAUCUUAUACAUUUUUUUGCUUCCAUCAAUCACAUCUGAAAAUUUUCUAACGUUUUCCACUUAAUUUACAUUUCUUACUUCCACUAUUACAUUUAAAUAUCAUAACUAAUGUCUCUCUUCUUUUCUCUUCUUUGCAAAUAUUUCAUAUAUUCCUCCUUACAAAACUUCUUGUAGUCCUACUAGCGUAAUUUGUUGAUUACAGUUGCUCUUCAAAUAAUUCGUAUCUUUCUUCCAAUCUUCUGUAAAUCUCUGGUCCCUCAGGUUUCAAAUCCUUCCUGUCAUUUUAUCAAUUUCUGGGCCAACAAUACACUUGCCGCUGUCGUUGCGUAUAAAAACAGUUUAAUAUCCUGUCUAUUCAUGUCCUCACUUAUAAUACCAAGUAAAAAUGCUUUAGAAGCAGCGCCUUUCCUUGAAGGACACGUUGCGGUUGGGGUCUUGGGCACUCAUUCAGCAGAUGCAAAAGCUGCCAGCCAGGUGGUGGGUCUCUUGCCCCUCUAGGUGGGGCAAAGAGGGUCUGUUCUGGUUUCUACAUGACGUGGCAUCAUUCAAUGAGUUGGCUACAGUGCUGGUAACCAAAUCCCUGUCUUGUAAUUCCCUUUUCCUUCCACGUUUCUGCUUUAACAGCAGUGAAUUUGGGGAGGCAUUGUGUAGACAUGACCGUGGUUUGAGGAAUCCUGACUAAUUGGGGCCCGGGGGGUGGGUGCUGGCUGGCUUUAUCAGGGUGGGGUCUUUCUCUUGGUUUACUCACCAGAGCUCAGGAAAAUGGGAAGGGUCAGAGCAUAUUUUCAUCUGGCAGCAGAAAGGGUUCAGAAAGGACAUAUCCUCUGCCCCAAGCAGCUUACAAUCCAAAUUUCCUUUGCAAGGCGGAAGUAAAGGAAGGAGGAAAUAGCAGAAAUAUGUGCAAACACAGUUAAGACGGAUUACAUUUCCAUUCAGUUGGGGAAGAGGACUGAGGGUCAAGUCUGUGGGAUUCACUGAAGAAUCACUGAGAAGGGAUCUGAAGAAAAAAGGUUCCAUCUCUGUGGAGAGCGUCUCCCUGGUGCCUGUUACAGAUUUUGUAUUACAGUCGUACCUUGGUUUUUGAAUUUAAUCCAUUAGAAAAACCAAGACGCAGUUUCUGAUUGGCUGCAGGAGCUGGACGUUCAGCUUCUGAAAAUCAUUCAAAAACCGGAACAAUCACAUCUGGUUUCUGAUUGUCCGGGAGCUGAAAUGUUCGAGUUCCACGGCGUUCUGAGGUUCCACUGUAGUUGGCCGUUAUCGACUGAAAUCUGUCUCACUGAAUUAAUCUGCCAUCUGAAUUCCUCUCCCCACCCCAGUUGAGAGCCCUGUGCUUUUUGACAUGUGUCCUAUUUCUUUCCUUUGCUGGCACGAUCCUCCUGGGAAAUGUUUCUCUUGGGUGUAUUUUGCCCCCAGGAUGAUGUUCGCUUCCUUUUCCAUCACAGGUAUGCUGGAGGAUGGAAAGAAGUUCGACUCGUCCCGUGACAGGAACAAGCCAUUCAAGUUUGUGAUGGGCAAACAGGAGGUCAUCCGUGGCUGGGAAGAAGGGGUUGCCCAGGUGUGCAGGUUUGAACAGUGCCAGGUAGCCGGAGUUGGGCGGAGAGGAGAGUUGGGGGCUCUUCCUGCCUUCCGUGCGCGAAGCGGGAAGGUUUGGUGGCUGAAAGGGAUGGGGCGAUAUUUUGGGCCGGCUGGGAUUUCCCCCCGCAAUUGGGAUCUGGCUCGCAAUGACCUCAGUGGGGUUUACCUGGAGAGAACAACCUCUGUCUUAUCCCUGCCUUUUGCGUGUGAGUCACAGUGGUGAGAGAUUUGCAUAUCAUGCCAGCCAUCUCAUGAUAAGACUGAAGUGGAUGCAGACUAGAAAUGGAGGCAUCUCUCAGCGUCCUUUCGGGAAUAGUUUGCUGCUAAGCCUGUCUGCCUUGUCCUCGUUGCUGGAAUGGAGGGAAUAUGAAGGAUGUGGCCAGCCAGUGUCUCGCGGUCCCGUCCCCCCCCCAGACACAGCAGGGAAAGCUGAGGCCUUUUGCUGCCAGGCUUUUCUUUGUCUCCCUCUGUCGUACACCUUGCCUUUUCCGGCCUGUGUGUUUCGGAAACAGGGAUUCAGACACCUUCUGUGGAGGGAAACAAAGGCUGAGGGGGUGGGUGGUGGGAAUGGGCUGCAUCUGCUCUAACGGCCUGCUGUGUUCCUUUUGCAGAUGAGCGUUGGGCAGCGAGCCAAGAUGAUAAUCUCGCCAGACUAUGCCUACGGUGCCACCGGCCACCCGGGUAUCAUCCCACCCAACGCCACCCUAAUUUUUGACGUGGAGCUUCUAAAAAUGGAAUGACAAGAGGCAUGUGUUCUUCCAUUUCCCUGCUCCGGGGUAGGUGAUGGUAUUGGAAGACUCCUCGGGUUUGUGCGAAAGAGAGAGACAGACAGACAGAGAAGAGGCACUUCCAGUGGCUCAGGGAGAGGCAGGUGUUGGGAGGCCUCUCUGCGCAGAAAUCUCUAGAACAGGGCACCCCGGGCCCAUUCAUCAGCCUGGCACAAAGCGUGACUAUCUUGCCAUAAGUGGCAAUAGCAGGAGAUUGAGAGCUUCCUGCCAGAGCUGAACUUGGCACCUGAGCAGGGUUGCCUGGGCAACUAAUGGGUACAACGCCUUGAGUCAACAGGGCUGAGGUGUCGGAUCUUCUCCACCUCUUUUUUAUUUUGGCAUUUGCGUCUGUUUUCUUGGCCCGCCCCUUUCUUUCUUUCUCUCUCAUUCUCUGUACAGCGCAGCUGCACCCCUCCUCUCCAGGGCAAACUCUAAAGCAAGUUCCCUUUUUUUUUUUUUUUUGCCUUGACAGGUUUGGCACAUGGAGAAAUCCAGAAAUCUCUGCUUCAAGAUGAAUGCACAUGAAUUUGUAUGGAGCUUUCCCAGCUGUCCACUACAUCCACCCUGAUUUGAAUGUUUUUGGGUCACUCGGCUCUGCUUCUGAUUCUCCUUCCUUGUUUCCUUCCAAAUAUUUGACAUUUUUAAGCUACAUGCUGUAAAACCUCAGCUUAUCUGUUCUCUUGUUUUGGGGUUUAUUGGUUUUUUGUUUUUGUUUUGGUCAGGUUCUUUAAUCUUAUUAUAUAUUUUUUUGGUGUAGACUUGAGUUGUGUAUGAUCGAGCAUUGCUAGUAAAUAUACUGGUUGGUUCACAUUAUAUAGGAAAAGUUGCUUGAAACGAGGCAAGCCUUUGUUUCGUUUCUGUUUUGGGGAAGUACCUUAUUGUAUUAAAAAACCGAUUUUUCUGCUGCAAAGCCAUACAAAGCAGUUUGAGAGGCUGUCGAGGGCUGAAUCACCGGGAAGCCUCAGUCAUAGGAGUUGAUACGGUUCUCUGCUGAAACCUGGGGCCACAAGGGACUCUUCCCCCCCUGCCCCCUCCCACCACUACCAUCUUGGGGAAGGGGCAUCUUCCAUGGUGACGUAGCGUCAACCUUGUUGCUCUGGGGGCAGCUCUCUCCCCCAGCCCACUGACCUCUUCCGCCGCACCCCCGCCAGUAUUGUGGUGCGUGGUGUUUUCUACUGGAUUUUCAGGAUAUUUUUACCUUUUAGCAGUCUGAAUCCCCGCAGCUAGCUAAAUUCAAGGACUUCAAAAGGUGCUGCUUUCCCUACGGGGGGGUGGUGGGGGUGGUGUGAACCCGUGCCCGCUCCCCAGCCCCCCCGAGUGCGGACACACCGUAGAGAGUUCUUAACGGAGAUCUGAUGCUGGUCAUCGCAGCUUGCCACAGCCGCCUGGGCAAUGCACCGGCCCCCGUCCUGGUGUCCUGCUGACCCCCUUCCCAUCCCCUCACGUAGUGAGUUUUGGUAAGAGAAUUGCCGCUGCCUCUUCUUCCUCCUCCGCCUCCUCCACCAUCACCACGUAAACACAUAGAGUUUUAUUAUUGCAAUAAAAACGCUUUACGCUGGCUUUUCUCAACUCUGGGC